AUGGUAUCAAUCACUGAUGAUGCCGACUACGAUUCCGGCGAAACGUUCGAAAAUGUACCAAGUCCACUGUCGGAUGCUGGAAAUCAUGCCAACUACCAUGCCAGACGACUUCGGACUAGGUGCGUUCUACCAAGUCGCCAUGACAACAAGACCAAGAGAAGUGAUUUAGUACAUGUGUUGCGUUAUUUUAGUAAAGUAUGGACUCCUGCUCUAAAGAUGUCUGUCACGACGGGACAGGUUCAUUUGAGUCGCAGUACCGGGAGCCAAUCCAGCAAUCUUGACUCCAUUUUUGGAUGA